CCAAGCCGGAAGUAGAGUGAACUGACGCACGUCAACCGGAACAGCUGUGCAAGGGCCCCAAAACAGAAAACAUCAAGACAAUAUUUUAGUCUGAAUUAAAGCUGGAUCAAGAUGACUACACCUGAAAAAUACCCUAGGUCUUCAAUUGAAGAUGAUUUCAACUAUGGAACAAAUGUUGCGACAGCGAGUGUGCAAAUCCGGAUGGAUUUCCUGCGCAAGGUAUACACCAUCCUUUCUCUUCAGAUCAUCCUGACCACGGCUACCUCUGCUCUCUUCAUGUACUGUGACACCAUCAAGGACUUUGUCCAUUCAAGUCCAGCGGUUGUGUUGGUGUCAGCCAUUGGCUCCCUGGUGUUGAUCAUUGCCCUGGCCUUCUACAGACAUCAACAUCCCAUUAACCUGUACCUGCUUGCCGCAUUCACUCUGUUGGAGUCGGUCUCUGUUGCUACCGCAGUGACCUUCUAUGAGUAUUCCAUCGUGCUCCAGGCCUUCUUCCUCACAGCAGCUGUGUUCCUUGGGCUGACUGCCUACACCUUCCAGUCUAAGAGAGACUUCAGUAAACUGGGAGCUGGGUAAGAGGCCUUAAACUCCUCUCAUAGACCCGGCUGUGUCUGAAAUAGCACCCUCUUUUUCAACAGUAGUGCACUAUGUAGGGAAUAGGGCUCUGGUCUAUAGUAGUGCACUAUGUAGGGAAUAGGGCUCUGGUCUAAAGUAGUGCACU